UUAAUUUUCUUCUCUCUUUCCCUCCAGGUGGUCAGCUUACGAGAUUUCUUCUUCGAUGACGACAUCUUCAUCGCCUACGGCCCCGAGCGGCUGUCCCACGAUGACUUUGAUCUGGACAAUGAAGAGUGCAAGACCAUCCAACCCCUCGUCAAGUGUCCCCUCAGCCCGCGCCGCCCCCGCCGCAUGCCCUCGCCCAAGCCCCGCGGCCGCGCUGUGUCGCCCCUCGCCAUAUUCGACGGCCCAGGUAGUUUACCGCGGUCGCCCAGAAAGCCGGCAGGGCAGCACCACAAGCGGCUGAGUCAACCCAACACGCACACCUACCAACAGCAGCAGCACCACCAGUACCAGCAACAAAAUGGCCACGUUGCUUGUGGCGGCCUAGAAAACAUCAUCUUCCCAGCCUGCGUCACCUCAAAAUACUCCGUUGGCCGUAUCCUUGGCGACGGGAACUUCGCGGUGGUGCGCGGCUGCGUGUGCCGCGCCACCCGGGAGGAGUAUGCGCUCAAGAUCAUCGACAAGACCAAGUGCCGCGGGAAGGAGCACAUGAUCGAGAGUGAGGUGUCCAUACUGCGGCAGGUCAGCCAUCCAAAUAUUGUUAGUUUAAUUGAAGAAUUCCACACCCCAACCCAACUCUACCUCGUCAUGGAACUAGUCAAGGGUGGUGACCUGUUUGAUGCCAUCGCCAGUGCCACCCGCUACACUGAGAAGGAUGCCAGCUCCAUGGUGCGAGACCUCACCUCAGCACUGGAUUACCUUCACCAGAGAUCCAUUGUACAUAGGGACAUAAAGCCAGAGAAUCUCUUGGUGGUGGAAUAUCCUAAUGAUGCCAAGAGUCUCAAGCUGGGAGACUUUGGUCUGGCAGUGGAAGUGACUGAGCCACUCUAUACAGUGUGUGGCACCCCCACCUAUGUGGCACCUGAAAUCCUCAACGAGUCAGGAUAUGGCCUCAAGGUGGACAUCUGGGCAACAGGGGUCAUUACAUACAUUCUUCUCUGUGGGUUCCCACCAUUUGUCUCGGCCACAAAUAACCAAGAGGAGUUAUUUGACCAAAUCCUUCGUGGAUACUAUGAGUUCCACAGCCCCUACUGGGAUGACAUUUCAGAGUCUGCCCGUGAGCUCAUUGUACAUAUGAUACAGGUGGAUCAGGAAAAGCGUUUUAGUGCUCAAGAAGUGCUUGAUCAUCCCUGGGUGUCUGACGACGAGGCUCUUGACCGCAACCUCCACCUGCGAGUGUCUCAUAAGCUGGGCCUCCACUUUGACACCAAUGGGCCCCAACACAAAGCAGCAGGAAUCACCCUGAUGGCUGUCACUGCCCUUGACAAGGAGAAGCACAGCCUCUGUCGGGAGAAUGACAUCAAGGACCCUGCCAGCCCUCCCUGCAGCCCAAGACUCUCUCUCUUCACUAACAGCAGCCAAGUCUUCUGAGAGGCCUAAUUAUUGCCUUCUGUGGUGCUCUGUAUGGCUGUAAUAAAUCAUCAUCAUUAUCAUCAUCAUAUCCCUUUUUUUUUCUCAAUGUAAAAUGACCUGAUCAGAUAUUUUUAUUAACAGUUUGAUUGGUUAUAAUCACUGAUGCCAGAAUCUCCUACUGUUUGUCAAAGAUGCUGAGCCAUUUUAAUUAAUUGCAGAUACUUCAAACCAAGAGGCAAGCUUUUCAGUAAAGAUAUGGACAUUGUUUUCCCUGUGGGUGGGUAGGCUUUGGGCAUCUAAUGUGCAGAGAUCUUAGUCAGCAGAGAAUAAGUCAGUCACCUCUCAUAAAACCACCAGACAGUGUGAAUCCAAGGACCUUAUAGCAUCAGUAUUUGAGUAUAUGCCAUCAAAUCUAAAUGUAAAUGCAAUGUAAAAUUACAGUCCAAAAGAAUGUUUUUUAUUCAGUGCCUUGUCGAAAGCUCCAAGGACUUUUUUUAAACUUUUAAUUUACAUGAAUAAACACAAAGGAAAGGUGCUCAACUGUGAAUUGAUUUGCCAAUCAUUCAAACUUUUUACAUCUUUUAUAUCCAAACUGUACUUCAUGUCUCAGUACAUUUCAGGUGGAAUAUAUUUUCUCUGAAUGCUUCCUUGUCUGAAAUUUGAAAGAUAAACUAUUGUUAGGCUUCAUCAUUAUCAAAGAUCCAAAUAAUAAAGAACAUUCUGUGCACAUGAAGACCUUUGGUAUCAUGGGUGAACAGCUGUGCUCAUAAUGGCAGAUGUAAAUAUUUUGUGGUUCUAUAAAGGAACAAUGACUACUUAAAAUCUUUGUUGUGCUUGUGGCUUUACAUCCUUAGUUUGGGGGUGGGUGGCUGUAGCACAGGUGGUGUGUGCUGUGUCUCAUCCAGCAUUGGUGUCCCUGAUUUGUAUUCUAGUAGCCAGGGUGAGAAGUGUCAUGCAAAUAUUUUUAAUGCAAUACUUAAUCAUGAUAGUUUGUAUUUUUGUAGUGUGGUUAUGAUUUACUGCUGUAUAAUGACCUGAGUUUUAUGCCUUCCCAAAUUAUUUAUUCAAAAAAAGAAAAACUAUGUAAUUUACCAAACAAAACUGAAUUUCUGUAAAUCUCUUUCCCAGAAAAUUGUUCCCACCAUCAAUAGCAUUAAAUAUAUGAAAAGAUGUAGACUUAGGAGAAUUAUAUUUAAUAGAACUCCUUUCAUAAUGUGACAAGUAUUUUAUAUUAAAUCAUGACCAAACCAUUGGAGACCUGUGUUUGAGCGCUACUCCCCUAAACAAAAACAAAAAAAAUAGUAAAAAUAAAAAUAAAACCAUGAUUAGUUACAAUGCAUAUAUGAUCAAAACACCAAGAUUAUAUUUGUAGGAUCACAUAAGUCAUAAGGAAUAAUAAAAAAAAUAAAAAAAUGUUGAAUCAGUGACAUGGCUAGUCCAAAACACUUCAGACAACAGUGGUGGGUGAUUCAACUGGAAUGACUGGGCAGGUAAACGAAUUAAUUUUAAGAUUCCUUGUUGAGCAACAUAUCAGGUAAAUAGAGAAGAUAAUUAAAAUAUUUAAGGCAAAAGGCCUGCAAACACAAUAAAGGUGCAGAUGAAGAUUCCAGUAGCAUACAAUGACAAACACUGUACAAAGAGACAAAGUGGGAAAUUGGGGAAAAGCGAGGGGUCAGGUACUGAUAAGAUAAAGUUAAUUGUAAAGAAAGACAAAAUGGAUUGUCAAGUACAUUAAAAUGAAGAGAAGAGGAACAAUUCAGAUCUUAAAGUCCCUGGAUUAUUAAAAAAAAAAAAAAAAAAAAAAAAAAAAAAAAA